AUGAUCGUGGACAAAAUCGAUGUAUUAGGGGAUCCUCGGGUCGAGCAGCGAUCCGCAUAUGUCAAUGGCAAACAAUAUGGAUAUCUGUACAGUCAACCGGAAUCGGGGGAGAACCGGGGGACAAUUGUUCUCCUCCAUGGCUUUCCCGACUUGUCAAUGGGAUGGCGGUAUCAAAUCCCCAUGUUGCUGGAAAUGGGUCUCCGGGUGAUUGCUCCAGAUUGUCUCGGAUACGGCAAGACAGACGCUCCCAGAGAUUUAACACAAUACUCCCACAGACGCUGCGCAGACGAUAUCAAAGAGCUCGUCCGCCAACUCGGAGUACAUAAGAUCAUCCUCGCGGGGCAUGACUGGGGCGCAGCAUUGGCAUACCGCGUUGCCCUCUGGCACCCCGAACUCGUCACACACCUCAUCACUCUCUGCGUACCAUUUGCUGCUCCGACACGGAGAUACACUCCCCUUGAAGACUUUGUUGCCACAAUCGCACCACAUUUUGCCUACCAACUGCAAUUUCGGAGUCGGCAAUUGGAAGAUGCUAUUCGUACAGAAGGGGACAUGAAAAAGUUCCUGUCUGCGCUGUACGGAGGCAGGACGGAUGAUGGGCAAGUAGGGUUUUAUGUAGAGGAGGGUGUCAUUCUACAGAAUCUGCUUCGGCUGCGACCGUCGAAAUUACUGAGUGAAGAGGAACUUGACUACUACGCGCACGAAUUCUCCCGAAAUGGUCUUGCCGGUCCAUUAAACUGGUAUCGCACCCGCGAAAUCAACUACAAAGAAGAACUCUCCAUCCUCAAUCAACAUAUCACCGCCCCCGUCCUCUUCAUCCAAGCCCAACGAGACUCAGCCCUCCCCGCCCACCUCGGCGCGGGAAUGACCAGAACCAUCCCCCAUCUCACCCACCAGCAAAUCAACACAUCUCACUGGGCGCUUUGGGAGCGUCCCAAAGAAGUCAAUGAGAUCAUUGCGUGGUGGUUGGAAGAGAUUGUCUUCUCGGAACCCAGGCCGAGAUUGUUUAAAUUAUAG